UCAAAAAUUCUUCAAGUUUGGGAACAUAUUUUGAAAAAAGCAUUGAUCCUUGUGAUAAAUUGGGCAUAGGAAUAUUAGAAAAGUGUGAAAAAAAAUUUGUUGGUAUUUAUGAAGAUAGUUGUGAAGGCAUUUGUAAAGCUAUUUGUGAGGAUAGUUGUAAGGGAAUUUGUGAAGACAUUUGUAAAGGUGUUUGCGAGGGCAUUUGUAAGGAUGUUUGGGAAGGCAUUUGUGAAGCUAAUUGUAAUGGCGGUUGUGAACUGGAUUGUUGUAAUG